UCCUGGCGCAGGCGCAGACGCUGCUGGCGGCGGUUGGAGAGGAGCGGGCCGGCGGGCGGUUGGCGUGAGCAGAAGCGGAGCGCAGGCAGUGAGAGCCGGCGCCAUGGUGGAGAAGGAGGAGACAGGCGGCGGAAUCAGCGAGGAGGAGGCGGCGCAGUAUGACCGGCAGAUUCGUCUCUGGGGAUUGGAGGCCCAGAAACGGCUGCGGGCCUCCCGGGUGCUGCUUGUCGGCAUGAAAGGACUCGGGGCUGAAAUUGCCAAGAACCUCAUCCUGGCAGGAGUGAAAGGACUGACCAUGCUGGAUCACGAACAGGUAUCUCUGGAAGACCCCGGAGCUCAGUUCCUGAUCCGGACUGGGUCUGUUGGCCGAAACAGGGCUGAAGCCUCUCUGGAGCGAGCCCAGAAUCUCAACCCCAUGGUGGAUGUGAAAGUGGACACUGAGAAUAUAGAAAAGAAGCCUGAGUCGUUUUUCACUCAGUUUGAUGCUGUAUGUCUGACUUGCUGCUCCAAGGAUGUCAUAGUUAAAGUUGACCAGAUAUGUCACAAAAAUAGCGUCAAGUUCUUUACAGGAGAUGUUUUUGGCUACCACGGAUACACAUUUGCCAAUCUUGGAGAGCAUGAAUUUGUGGAGGAGAAAACCAAAGUUGCCAAAGUUAGCCAAGGAGUAGAAGAUGGACCUGAUACCAAGAGAGCAAAACUGGAUUCAUCUGAGACAACUAUGGUCAAAAAGAAGGUGGUCUUCUGCUCCGUUAAAGAAGCCCUGGAAGUAGACUGGAGCAGCGAGAAAGCAAAGGCAGCUCUGAAGCGCACAACUUCGGAUUACUUUCUCCUUCAAGUGCUCCUGAAGUUCCGCACCGAUAAAGGGAGAGACCCUAGUUCUGAUACCUUUGGGGAAGAUUCUGAGCUGUUGCUCCAGAUUCGAAACGAUGUGCUUGACUCCCUGGGUGUCAAUCCCGACCUGCUCUCCGAGGACUUUGUCAGGUACUGCUUCUCCGAGAUGGCUCCAGUGUGUGCAGUGGUUGGAGGGAUCUUAGCCCAGGAAAUCGUGAAGGCGCUGUCUCAAAGGGACCCUCCCCACAACAACUUCUUCUUUUUUGAUGGCAUGAAGGGGAAUGGGAUUGUGGAGUGCCUCGGCCCCAAGUGAACCCCGGACAUGGCAGCCCCAGAGACGCUGACCCUCAGCGUGCCCACACAUGUCCCCUGUCCCCUUCCCCCACGAAGGCAUCUCCAGGCAAGGGGAGAGUGAGGUCGUUGGACCAGUACAAACCAUUUCCUGCAAGCAGCAAGGUUGUGCGGAUACGCUCCCUGCGAGCCCCAGCAGCUGCUGAGUGCUAAGGGGAGUAGGGGCCGGCUGGCUCCCUUCCCAGCAUGCACGGCUGUUUGCCAGCUCCCGAGUGGCGGUCACCUGAGAGCGCCCUCUGGCCCCCUCUGUCCUGGUGCUGUCACGGCCUGGCCAGGCUUCUGGGGUACCCUGGGGAUGCCUGCCAGGAACCAGCACGCCUGGUUGCUUAGGAGCCUCUCGCCACGUUCCUGGACUUAUUCCCUACCUGAUGUCACACAGAGAGGAGCAUGACCUCAGGUGGGCAUAAGGCCCAGGCCCGAUGGAACCGCAAUUCCAAGUCAGACAGGUGACCUGAGAAAGGAAAAAACAUGGCAGGCGGGAUGUAUUUAUUUCCUCCAAAGUUUGAGAUCCUGAAAAACAACAGGUGGCCUCUGGUGGGCUGUUCUUGAGUUUUAGUUGAGGAUUAGUGAGUUCCAGCCUGGAUUGUGGAAGAGAGGAAAUGUUACCAAGUCCUCUUGGGCAUUAGGGCGAGACCUUGCAAGUCGAAUAUUAGUAGGAAAACUUGUUUUAUUUUAAAAGGCAAAGGCCAGGGUCCCACUCGCUGGGGAUUCUUAUCUGUUGGGGCUGA